AUGUCCGAAGACAUGACUGCCAACACGACCUUCUUGGCCCUGCGACGAGUUUUUGCGUGCCGUUCAUCUCCGAAGAUGAUGGUGUCUGAUAACGCACCUCAAUUCGUAUCCCUGAGCAAAUCAUUCGCCAAUGUCCACGUCGAGGAAUUUGAAUGGAAAUUUUUACCCGAACAUUCGCCCUGGAUGGGUGGUGUAUAUGAGCGCAUUGUUGCGCUAGUGAAAGCCGCACUUUUUAGAACGUUUCACAACGCCGCUCUCAGUGAUAUGCUGCUUCCUACAACAUUCGCCGAAAUUGCAGCGAUGCUAAACGCGCGUCCGUUAACAUACGUUGGAGCAGACCCAGACGAAGAAAUCCUCACACCAAAUCAUUUUCUCCGUUCUCAUUUUACAGAAGAAAAUGUUCAAAACGCCGAAUUUGAUCGAUACUGGCACCAAUCAAACGAAUUUGCGAACAAAAGCUGGGCAUACUGGACAACAGCCUACCUACAGUACCUACGCAGCUUUUAUUCUCAACACCCGAAUCGCCAAACUGCGUCGAUCCAGCCCAAAGUCGGACAUAUCGUUCUUAUCGUAGAUAAAUUGAAGAAACAGAAUUCCUGGCAUAUGGGAAGAAUCACGCACCUCAACGUCAGCGCCGACGGCGCAAUUCGAAGCGCAACCACAUAA